AUCCAGCUUUUCUUUUCAGUUUUGUCUCUGCGUGACGGCUGAUGCCCAGUGUGUGCCAAGGGGGCCCUUCAGACCCAAUAAUGCACCCUUGUGUCUUGUAGCAUGCGUGGAAUUUGCACAGGCUGUGCUGGGGCAGGCGGGUGUCUUUGUUGUUGGAAACAAGGAGCAAGUUCUUUUCUCGGUGUCUUUGCUUCCCAAUGCCUCUCCAAAAGCUCUCAGCAUUCAUUGAUGCCAUCUGCAGGUUUGUCAUCUGCAAUGACUCCUCCCUCCAUGGGCAAACAGUCAUCUUCAACCCUGACUUCUUUGUGGAGAAGUUGCGGCAUGAGAAGCCUGAAGUCUUCACAGAGCUAGUGGUCAGCAACAUCACCAGGCUCAUCGACCUGCCGGGAGCAGAGCUGGCCCAGCUGAUGGGGGAGGAGGACCCCAAGCUGCCUGGUGGCAUUGGCACAACCUCUGGAUUUUUUCGGUCCCUAAUGUCUCUGAAGCGUAAAGAUAAAGGGAUGGUGUUUGGCUCCCCGCUGACCGAGGAGGGCAUCGCCCAGGUCUCGCAGCUCAUCGAAUACCUGCACAAGCAUCUGCGAAUGGAGGGCUUGUUUCGAGUGCCAGGGAACAGUCUCAGGCAGCAGACCCUGAAGGAUGCCCUGAACAGCGGGUCUGAUAUUGACCUGGAAUCGGGGGAGUUUCACUCCAACGAUGUGGCCUCUCUGCUGAAGAUGUUCCUGGGUGAAUUACCAGAGCCCCUGCUGACACACAAGCACUUCCAAGCCCACCUCAAAAUUGCAGGCCUGAUGCAGUUUGAUGACAAGGGGAACAAGACCAGUACACCGGAUAAGGAGCGGCAGAUCGAAGCCCUGCAGCUGCUCUUCCUGAUCCUCCCCCCGCCCAAUCGCAACCUGCUUAAGCUGCUGCUGGACCUGCUCUACCAGACGGCCAAGAAACAGGACAAGAACAAGAUGUCUGCCCACAACCUGGCUCUCAUGUUUGCACCUCACAUCCUGUGGCCCAGAAAUGUGACAGCAAACGACCUGCAGGAGAAUAUCACAAAGCUGAAUGACGGCAUGGCCUUCAUGAUCAAACACUCGCAGAAACUCUUCAAGGCUCCAGCAUACGUUCGAGAAUGUGCCAGGCUGCACUACCUGGGGUCCAGGGCGCACGCUUCAAAGGAUGACCUGGAUUUGCUGACAUCUGCUGGGUCCAAGGAACUCCAGCCCAUGAAGUCUCAGAAGCGGAGCAGGCUGGAUCCUUGCCACCGGGAGGAGACGCAGCAGCGCACGGAGGAGGCGCUGAAGGAGCUUUUCCACCACGUCCACAGCAUGCCAGACUCUGCUAAGAAGAAAAAGCUCAUCCGGCAGUUUCAUAAGCAUCCCGGCACUCUCACUCCUGGGCCCGAUGCACCGACACCCCCGGUACAGAGGCGCACCCGAUCCCGCUCCUUUAGCGGCCUCAUUAAGCGGAGGAUGCUGGGGAACCCGCUGAUCUUGGAAAGGAAAAGCAGGGACUCCACACCAGAAUCCGAGCGAGCCAGCAAAGAGAGCCUCCACCUGUUACAGAGACCUCCUGAAUCUCCAGCAAGUCAUGGGACCCGAGCAAGGCUGAAAUUGUCUGAGGGCAGGAAAGAGGACUCCCGUAAACAUCUGCAGGCCCUUGUGCCUUCCACCAAGGAGUCGUCCAUCUGAGCAGCCAGGCACCAGCCCUUGUGUGCAGCAGAAGUCUGGACGUGUAAGCUGUGACUAAUGCCUGCUGCAUCUCAAGCUGUGAGAGGACUCAGUGCCGCAGCCUCCGGCGAUCCCUCUAAUCCAGCUCACCAGUGCUUGGCUUGCAACGGGGCCUGCUGCAAGAACAAUGAGGACGCUGACUUCUCUAUGUUAAUAUGGGCAAACCACUAUCUAACCAAGCACCUGCAGGGUGUGUCUGAGGAAGGGCUGGAGAGCCCGUUGGAAGAAGGCAGGAGCUUUGUAUUCACUGGUUUUGUUCAGAGCUCCGGGUUCUCACUCUCUGAGCUUUUAACACGUUUGUCUUGUUUUUACGCCCUGCCUCCCAUCAACAACCAGAGCGGUCAGCCGCAGCCAGGCAGCUAACUGUCUUACUAACUCUUGGGCAGUAGUCUCUCCGUGCGGGUAUCCAUGGAGGUCAGAGGAUGGCUGCAGCACCUCAAAUCCCCAACCCCAGGGGUCAUUUCUGCAUUCCUGACAGGCUGCGUGCCUGGCUAGGCUAUGGCAGCUGCAGGGACCGGGGGGAAUGGCAGCGGUAUAAGGGGAAUUGCGGGGUGACAUCUUAAUGUCUAAUGGCAAAGAAGCAGAUUCCAGAAUAAACUCUCAUCAUCUUGAUGUUAACAGAGCCCCUUAGCCACAGUCCCUGCUACUUAAAGGGUAGUCUGUAGAAAGCACCCAGUGAAACCAGCCCAGGGAACAGACUGUGUGGUCUUUAACUAAAGGUCAGACAUAAUUAUAGAGGGAACCUUGAGGAUACUUCAGAGUGCUUGUUUACGCAAGGGCUGUGUCUCCUGCCGGGAGGUGCUGGAAGGCAGGUUCCUCUGCGUCUGGAGUGGAUUGUGUUUCCAUGUACCUGUCACCUCCCUGCACCCUGCUUCCUCUCCCAUCACGCUGAUUGCCAAGCCUGGAAGGGCUGUCUCCUUUCUAAUCAGCCGCCGACUGCCUGGCACAUUCAGCAUUGCCGCAGCACCGUGCUGGUCACCUCCCAGUUGUUUCCGUGGUCGAGGUGUCUGGAGGACAAGGAGGGGGUAGCUAAUGGCUUUUCACAGUCUCUAUCUAGGGGGUGCUGAGCCAGGCAGAAUCUCUUGAAUGGGAAAGGAGGUGGGAGGGGGAGGCAGACAGGUUGUCUGGAGCUAACAUGGUGAUGUGACCUCCCAUCGUUCAGAAGCAGGUGUCCACGGCAGCCAGGCAGAGUCCUCGUGGGAGCAGUGCAGGGGCGAGGGUGUUGCUUGGUGGGUGCUGGAAGCUACCGGCAGCUUUCCAAGUGAUGGCUGGAGAUAGGUUUGCCAGGCCCAGUGCCCUAGGGUACGUACCUCCCUCUGUCAGUGGUACCGAAGAUGGCCUGCGGGCUGUGUAUUGUAACCAGUAUGCUGAUCACAUACACCUUUAAGAUCGGCAGGGACUGCAGACUGCCUGAACAAUCAGUUAGCAAGCUGUCACCCGAGGUGCGGGAGAAGACUGGAUCUUGGCUCAGAGCUGCAGAAAUGGGAUGAAAUCACCUAGACCCAGAAUAAGCCCCCAUGGCAGCUGGUCACCGGCAGCUGUCUGGUUCAUUAAGCUGAAGUACUCUGCUAAGCCAAUACCUCAGCCACAUGUCUGUGUGAGCACUCUGGUGUAUGGCGAUACACAAGAUCACCACUGUGAAGUAAAGGGUUAAUCAGUAGGGGAGCCGGCUAAACCCUUCUGAGCCCUCCUAGAUGGAGCAAGUAAUCACUGAAAUCCAAUUACAAUUGUCUCCUAACCUGCCGGGGCCAGCAGGGUAGAGCUCCAUCCAUGGCAGAUUCUCCAUGUCUGAGGAUUGGUGACAUCAGGUGUGAACAGAGACCGAGCAGUGAGGUGAGCCCAGCUCUAGGCAAGGGGCAGAGCUGUGCAUGCAGGUCCCUGGCCCCAAGUUCUGCCCUGUUGGUCCAGUGUCAGAGAAGCAGCGUGGCCAGUGGGCAGGGCACGGCUAGUGGAGGUAGGGGCCUGAGCUAGGAUUCUGUUCCUGGUGCUGCCACGCAGCGGGCAUGCGACUUGCCCAGGACACCCCACACAGUGGCAGAGGUGGGUAUGGCCAGACUCCCAGUCCCCCCUUUGGAUCCCUAAAUGCCACCAACAGAGAGUCAGUUGGAGGUACUGGAUUUGUGUGUUAGUUUAAAAUAACUCCCCCCCUCCAAGCCCCCCCUUUAAUGGAGCCGUGAGUCACUUUCUUCAUAAAGGUUCCAAACUGCUUCACGUUCACAGACAGCUGUGAGGAAAGGUGGGUUUUUAGCUCCCCUUCAAAUGCCCCCGAAGCGGCGCCAUGCAGGGGGCUCUGUCUGGCAUACAGAGUGGAGCAGCAUCUCCUUCCCUGGCUCAAGGACAUGCUGUGUCGUGCUGAGCCUCGUUUUCUAGCUAGGAGAGGUUGGUCUCUGUCCUUCCCAGCUGAACAGUAUCAGCCCUGCAUUCUGCAUGGCUCACAAACCCCCCACCCUCUGGCUGCGGUUGGGUGUGGUGCCCAAGUGAGGGGGCUUGUAGGUCCCAGGGGAAGGAUGAGUCCCGUGCCUGCCCUCAUUUCUAAUCAACAAGGUGCUCCUUGAAUACUGUGGGUCCCAGAUUGCUCCUCCAUUGGCUCCUUCGUGUUCUGGGACUCCAUGGCCCGCCCCUCCCUGAGACAGCUGAGGUAUGGCCUUGGGGCUCCUGACAGUUUGGGCACUUGCCAGGUAACCGUUUGGGAUCCCGAUUGGCCUGGCUCAGUUCCACCAGGUCUGGAGCCAGGCUGGAGAGUCUGGAGCCCUGUCCUGGUCCUGUUCCAGUCUGCUUCUCUCUGCGUCUCGUGGUGCGUCUCUGGACAUUGCCAGCCCAGCUGCAGAGCCCACAGGAGCUGCAAGAAACCACUGGGUGCCAACUCAUCACUUAUGGGCACAGGGGCUGUAGUAGCUACGGAGCACCCCUAGCCUGGGCUGUGCCCGGAGCCCCAUCUGCUAGGAGCGGCACUGCUGUUGAUGUGGCCCUAGCGAGCCUGGCCCUGGAGCCGGGGCAUUCAGUGUCGUUUUUAAUCUUUGUCCUUAUUUAUAUGUGCAAUGUCUGACUGUCUGUCUUAACGGGGAGUUCCCAUAUUAAAGGCUUGUUAGCGCUCUA